AGGAAAGUGAAAUUACAGUACGAUGAAAACAAGAAACGUGCAGUAGCAGCUCCAAUCGAAUUCCUGAUUUCGCUGAAGCUCUCUGUGUCUUUGGGAAUUAAAGAGUGAACUGAACUGCGAAACAAAUACACACACAGAAAGCCCCUGCGAUUGAGAAGAUGGCCAAGUCGACGAGCGAUGUCCCAUGUUGUAAGGGCGAGUUUUUUCUGUUUCUUGUCAUAAUCGCAGGUCUGGUGUUGUUUGCUGGUCUGAUGGCGGGUCUUACUCUUGGGUUGAUGUCUCUCGGCCUCGUCGACCUCGAAGUUCUCAGCAAAUCGGGUCGCCCACAAGAUCGCUUACAUGCCUCUAAAAUCCUUCCAGUUGUGAAAAAUCAGCACCUCUUGCUUUGCACACUGUUGAUUGGAAACUCUUUAGCAAUGGAGUCACUUCCCAUAUUUUUGGACAAGCUCGUGCCUCCAUGGGCGGCGAUUCUGGUAUCCGUUACCCUUAUCCUCAUGUUCGGUGAGAUAUUGCCUCAAGCAAUUUGUACUCGUUACGGACUAACUGUAGGAGCGACUGCUGCGCCGUUGGUCCGUGUCCUUCUUUGGCUGUUCUUCCCGAUUGCAUAUCCGAUUAGUAAGUUUCUGGACUGGAUGUUGGGUAAGGGUCAUGCUGCACUACUGCGUAGGGCGGAGCUAAAAACCUUUGUCGAUUUUCAUGGCAAUGAGGCUGGGAAAGGUGGAGAUUUAACUCACGACGAGACUACAAUAAUCGCCGGUGCUUUGGAAUUGACUGAGAAAACUGCGAAAGAUGCGAUGACGCCUAUAGCGAAAGCUUUUUCGCUCGACCUGGACGGCGCUCUAAAUUUGGAGACUCUAAAUGCCAUAAUGACAAUGGGACAUAGUAGAGUUCCGGUUUAUUACAAAGAUCCAAAGAAUAUUAUCGGACUUAUAUUGGUUAAAAAUCUUCUGGCUGUUGAUCCUGAAGAUUCAGUCCCUCUACGAAAAAUGUUGAUAAGAAAAAUACCCCGGGUCUCGGAAAACAUGCCCCUUUACGACAUACUAAACGAGUUUCAGAAGGGUCAUAGCCACAUCGCUGUUGUGUACAGAGAUUCGCAAGAAACGAAGGAGACAUUGAAGAAAACCAAAGAAGAGACCGAGAACUUUGCAAUAAAAUCCACCUCGAAAGAAGCUGAUCAUGUUUCCAAUCAUUACGGCGAUCAAGCCAAGAAAAGCCCUCCAUCUACCCCUGCUUUCAAGAAAAGACACAAGGGCUGUUCAUUCUGCAUUCUCGACUUAGAUAACUAUCCUAUACCUGAGUUUCCAUCGAAUCAAGAAGUAGUUGGUGUCAUCACCAUGGAAGAUGUCAUUGAAGAGCUUCUUCAGGAGGAAAUACUCGACGAAACAGAUGAGUAUGUCAACAUACACAACAGGAUAAAGAUAAACAUGAACGCCUCUCAGCAGUCGCUUCCCCCGGCUUCACCGCCUUCAGACGAUCCUCCGGCUGCUCAAUAGUUUCUUCAGAUUUUGUUACAGCAACCACAUUGGCACAUACUGUUUUCUACGAGAACAUCGUAUCGGCGGAAGGUAGAUUAUUUAGGAGGCAAUAGUAUCUGUUGAAGAGUUUGCUCAAAGAUACCUGUUUAAGUUAUUACAGAGUAUGUCUGCGUCUAUGUAUGUAUGAACUCAUCUGUCUGUUCCAUAGUUAUUGCAUCAGCCAUAUUUAUGAA